AAAAUCAGAGACAAAGUAUCACACACCACUGGGGUAACAAGCAGUGAGCGAGACUGGGAAAGGACCCUGAGCUUUUCAUUCGCGCAAAGUUUCGCGAUGCAGUUUCUUUCUUUAUAUUUUUAUUUACAUCUGUUCCUGAUAUCCAGCUCCUUUCCGUGCUUUUACGCAUUUUUACUUAAUGGAAAGUUUUAUUUAUAGCAUUUUUUAAUUUUGAUUUGAGUUAAUAGAGACAUCAUGCUGAUUAUAAAAAUAUUCACUCGCAAUAUACUGGACUAAGGACCAAGCACAGCUGAAAUGGAACUAAGGACUGUGAAAAGAAGACGGACGUGGAGAAGGCAAGUAACCUAUCUAGUUUUUUGCGCUUGUGCUAUGGAUUUAGUCCUGGCUCAGAUACGGUAUUCGAUUCCUGAGGAACUGGAGCACGGAGCUUUUGUUGGCAAUAUAGCGGAAGACUUGGGCUUAGACGUCGGCAAACUCUCUGCUCGAAGAUUCAGGAUUGUCUCUGGCGCUAGAAAACAGUAUUUAGAAGUCAAUUUGGAAAACGGGAUUUUAUUUGUGAACGAGAAGAUUGAUAGAGAAGAACUGUGUGAACAGAAUCCGAUCUGUUUUUUGCACUUGCAGGUGGUCAUCGAGAACCCUUUGGAGCUGUAUAGGGUGGAAGUAGAAAUUCUGGAUGUCAAUGACAAUGCCCCCAGUUUUCCAUGGAGCGAAUUUGUCCUCGAAAUCACGGAGUCGGCGGCUCCCGGGUCUCGUUUCCCGCUUGAGAGCGCGCACGACCCAGACGUGGGCAGCAACUCUCUCCGCACAUACCUGCUCAGCUCUAACGAGCACUUUGUCUUGGAUAUCCAGACACGGAGUGACGGCAGCAAGUUCGCAGAGCUGGUGCUCGAGAAACUUCUGGACAGAGAGCAGCAAAAGACUCACCAGGUGAUUCUAACAGCAGUUGACGGGGGAAUGCCAGAGAGAUCUGGGACUGCACAGAUCACAAUCAAUGUGCUGGAUGCUAAUGACAACGUACCGGUCUUCGAUAAGUCCUCCUAUCGAGUGAGUUUAGUGGAGAAUGCAGCGAGGGGUACGCUGGUUAUCAGACUUAAUGCAACAGAUUUAGACGAAGGAUCUAACGGGGAUAUUUCUUACUCUUUUAGCGGGCACGCUCCUCUGAAAGUGCGAGAACUCUUCACUGUUGAUUCACACUCUGGAGAGAUAAGAGUCAAAGGGAUCGUGGACUACGAAAAAGCCGGUGUGUAUGAAAUCUACGUGCAAGCCAAGGACAAAGGUCCGUCGGCUGUUGCCGUGCACUGCAAAAUACUGGUUGACAUUAUAGAUGUGAACGACAACGCACCAGAAGUGAUUUUAACCUCAGUAUCAACACCUGUACAAGAGGAUGCUCCCCCGGGGACUGUAAUAGCUGUCAUCAGUGUGAUGGAUCGGGAUUCGGGGGAAAACGGUAAUGUCGACUGCGAGAUCCCAAAGAAUGUGCCAUUCCAGCUCCACUCCUCUUUUAAGAAUUAUUAUACUUUGGUUACAAGUGAAUUUUUGGAUAGGGAAACUGUGCCAGAGUACAACAUUACUUUAACUGCUAGAGAUCUGGGAUCACCUCCUCUGUCUACAAAGAAAACUAUCUUAGUUCAAGUCUCUGAUAUCAACGACAACGCUCCCCGAUUCGUGCAACCUUCGUACACGGUCUAUGUGACUGAGAAUAACGCCCCCGGCGCUUCCAUUUGCUCGGUGACCGCUUUUGAUCCUGAUUCGAAUCAGAAUGCGUAUUUGUCGUACUCCAUUCUGGAGGGCCAUAUUCAGGGCAUGCCGGUGUCCACUUAUGUUUCCAUCAACUCAGACAACGGUAACAUCUACGCGCUGCGCUCCUUUGACUACGAGCAACUGAGAAACUUUCAGAUUCGAGUUCAAGCGCAAGACGCCGGGUUUCCGCCGCUGAGCAGCAACGUUACCGUGAACCUCUUUGUCUUGGAUCAGAAUGACAACGCUCCUGUCAUUGUCUCGCCUUUACCCAAAAACGGCACAGUGGCCACGGAGAUGGUCCCCAGAUCUGUUGACGCCGGUUACCUGGUGGCGAAAAUCACGGCAAUAGACGCAGACGCGGGGCAAAACUCCCGUCUUUCAUAUCAGGUUCUCCAGGCGACAGACCCGGGACUGUUUAGCGUUGCGCUUUACACGGGAGAAAUAAGGACAAUCCGUCGAUUUGUAGAUAAAGAUGCCAUCAGGCAAAGACUAGUCAUUUUGGUCAAGGACAACGGUCAACCACCCCUCUCGGCGACUGUUUCCAUCAUCUUAUCAGUAGUUGACAGCGUGCCAGAAUCUCUUUCUGAUUUCAGCGACCUCACUCUAAGCCAAGAAUCCCCCUCUAACCUAACGCUGUACUUAAUAGUAUCUCUGAGCACAAUUUCCUUUAUAUUUCUGGUGGCUAUAAUCGUCCUGGCAUCUAUAAAAUGUUACAAGGACAGAAAUUCCAUAAGGGGAUGCGAUUUCUCCUUUACCUCCUGCUGUGGGUUGAAACCCGAGGCUCCUACUGAAGUGUUUAAAAAAUCCAACAUUAACCUUCAGAUAUCUUCCGGAACUAAAGUGCCUACUAACUGUGUUGAAGUUAAUGGCAAUGGUCCCCUGUCUCAAGCCUACUGUUAUAAAGUCUGUUUGACUCCGGAGUCGGCAAAAAGUGACUUCAUGUUUUUAAAACCCUGUAGUCCAGCAACUCCCAGGAACAACGCUAAAGGUACAGAUAACCUGGCUUCAGUCUGGAGCGGACAGAGCCGCACCAACACGGUGAACAACGGCGCUACUACACCGAGCGAGCUCAAACAGCCCAACACAGACUGGCCUCUAUCAAAGAACCAAAAUUCUACUCUUAAGAGCUACAGCUCCAUGAACAUGGAAGGCACUCUGGUACGGAAAGCUAUGCAGAGAGAAUCAGAAAAUUUGGUAACUCCUGUGGGUGGUCAGUACUGGACAUGGGGAACCCAGAUGAGGGAUUGUAGAAUGUCUUCACCAGCCGUUGGGGCCACAAAUCGCGCCUGGACCCCAAGAUACGGCCCACAAUAUCCACUACACCCACCUCCCGACUACCAGCACAACGUCUACAUUCCCGGGACCCCAGCGUCACAUUCCACACUGAGACCGGCGCAGCGCAGUGACGUCGACGUUAAGAACUCAUUUUCAACGUUUGGGAAAAAAAGGAAGCUGAUGUUAAAUUCCGAAUACAAAGACGACGCGAUGAUAAACAACGACCUUUCUAAUAAAUGAUAUCAAUUGACUUGAAAAGAUUGUUUCCGCGCAUUAACGUAAUUAAUCUCGGGAUCCCGGAGCAACCUUUGGUGACGCACGUUGUGACGCAACUUCGGUCAUUUAAACUUCCUUGUCAAGAAGCAUUUUCUUCACAAUAAAUUCAACAGGACCGCCUGGACCACAACAUCCUGUUAAUGUAGCUUAACAUACUGUACUGCUACGUUUUUUGCAUUGAAAGAUUUAGUUGACAGUUUUAUUGAAAGCAUCUUAGGUUUGAACUCAUUUAUACUGCUAAUUAUUUUACUGGAGCGAACUGAGUGAAGUACUUAGCUGACAAGAGCAGUAGCAGUAAGUCUCACCUGGGAUUUGAACCAAAGACCGUGCACGGAGGAGUCCAGGACCCUAACCAGUACUCCAGCCUGCUAUCAUUAACUGGCAUGCCAAUUCCACUCUUUUAAGUUGCCUGUACAGUUUUGCGAGUGCUGGCAAUAUACUGUAAAUGUGGGCUGUAGAACCCAGGACAUUUCACCCAACUAAAUAACAGUGCUGCUACUACUACUAAUAACAGCAACAUUGCUUAAUAUUCAUAAUAAUAUUGAUGUUUUUGUGUCUUUGGCCACUAACAUACAUUUUUCUUUAUAAAUAGGUGCUGGAACAGGUGUUUUUAGGUCUUUUUUGAUAAAGAUUAUGUUCACAGUCGGUGAUUUCCAGUGAUCUAAAAACUUCAUCAUAAUAAAAGAUAAUAAAUAAUAAAUAGCUUUACAAAUGAGAAGGAAGUUUCUCACUUCAUCCACUACUGAAGUAUAUCUUCUGCCAGAAGCCCACGAGGUAUAAGCUUAGCUUGGCAUUAUGGCCCACAAGCUCUGUGGAGCCCACCUUACUUGAUCUUGAUUUGCACCUGUACAGUUAAAAAAUGUGAUUUACAAAAUUUUCACCAAGAAUGAAAGAGAGUACUAGGAAUCAGUUAAACAGAAAUAGUGCAGUGCAAGUGAACAGAAAUGUCUUGUGCAUAUUGCAAUCUUUAUAACAUAGCACAAUGUAUGGCAUGAUUUUUGUAAUUGUAUAUUCAUUUUGAAAUAAAAUACUUUUUCUUAUUACAUCA